CGCCGGGUCAAAGGUCAUCAGGAUUCUUCGGCGGAAUUUUCGGACGACUCGAAAAAUUUUAGACCGGAAAAAAUUAAACAAAGAUCAGCACAAACCAUGCUCCACAAGCGACAGCAGGUGUUAUCAGAGAGUGAGAGUAACUGGGACAGCAGUGAUGAGGAGAAGUCAUCGGUUAUCGAGACGCCGCGGGCGACAGAACCGCAAAAAGACAUGUUCACAGCCAAAACAGCAGGUGACCCGUCAAAAACUUCUCAGCCCAAACCAAGUCCUCGGCCGGACAGACAAUCGACUGUGGGCAAGAACUCAUCAUCCACCAGCCAAUCAGGAAUGAAGUCAGGGAUCAGUGUGUUCAAUGACAGGGGUCGUCGGCAUGACAACGAGGGUGAGAGUUAUCCAAUCAAGGACCGGCGAGCGAAGCCAGGAAAGGACCAACCGCCGUAUGACUUCAAGGGGAUCGUCGGACCAGAUAAGCCAUCACCCAGCAGACAGCCUCCUGGGAAGGGCAGGAAAGGUCACUCCUACGACCCUGACUCUGACCUUCAACCCAACAGCAGUGAAAAUGCUGUGCUGGGGUCCUGGGACGACUCAGAUGCAGAGGAAGAAACGUUGGCUGCCAUCCGCGCCAACAUCGCCAAGGACUCAGCAAAGUCGGGUCCGACAGACCCCAGUCCCCCCGCAGGAUCCAACAACAGAAGGGACAGAAACAACGACAGAAACAACGACAGCGGCAGGGCAAAGGACAGGAAAGGUAAGAAAGAAGACACUGGUCUGUGGCCAGGUAAGAAGGAAGACUCUGGUUUGUGGCCGGGUAAGAAAGAAGAUGCGGGUCUUUGGUCAGGCCGGUCCAGCGGCAGGAAGAAGAACCAGGAGCACCUCUCCAUCUCCACCAGACAGCUGGUGCCCGAAGCAGAGGACUCUGGGAGCGAGACUAGAGCGGAACCUGACAAACCCGGGACAGAGAUGGUCCCACAGUACUCCCCUGGGAACGAGAGCAGCAGGUCUGUGUACCCGUUCCACCAGGGCACAGUGAAGUACCUGUACGCCCAGGACGGCUCAGGCCAGGCCGUCAUGCCAACCAUCGCUGACAAGUCUGAGGUGCUGGUGCGACGCGGGGUGCAGGAGAUGUUCGGCGUGUUACGCCUUCUCGUGGAUGUGUUCGUGAUCCUGGCGGUCGAGCUCGCGCGCUUUGUGUUCCGCCAGAUCCUGCAGAACCUGGUCGUCGGCCUGGUGGUUGUCAUGGGCGACCACUUCUUCAAGCCGCUGGUGGCCGCCGUGUUCAACUCCUUCCUCCAGCCAGUCCUGAUGCUGCUGUGGAACGUUGCCACGGCAACCAGGACGGUGUUCGGCCCGCUCGUCGACAUCUUACGGGGCGUGGCCCUGCAGAUCGCCGUGGUGCUGCGGGCCUUCCGAUUGGUCGAGGUGAACUGGAAGACGGACAGACGGGACUACGGGGCUCUGCAAGAAGUUUGACUGCGUUGGUUUCAAAAUUGGUACAAAUAGAUAAGGACUAGCCUCUUAUGCAGACUUUCUUGUGGGCAGCAUUUGUUUCUACGAGCACUGCUGGAGUGUGGCAUUUUCUUUUGGGGGAUGAGAGCUUCAUAUGGUGCAAUACUAGUCUCCUCCAGACUCUUUUGCAGACUGAAUAGAUAGUAGAAAUCAGCCUAAAAAGAAUGUAGCUGGCCAAGGGAGUUGGCCAGCCAUAGAGGGUUCAACUACUAUUUAAUAUUCAGGCUGCAAAAGAGUUUGGUGAAGACUAGGGCAAUACAACCAAUGUACAGCUCUUCCCCUGAAAAAAAAAA